AUGGCCUUUGAUGACCUUUUCGGCGAACCUCCCUCCCCGGCCACCCACUCCUCCUCCUCCUCCUCGUCGGUUCACUCUGGGACAUCUCCCCUCCCCUCCACCACCCUGGCCCCUCUCUCCACCACCGCCGCCACUAACUUUCCCCUCAACGCCGCUCCCUCCUCCUCCCAGCCUCCACUCACCAACAACAACGACCACAUCUCCAGCUACAUCAAAUUCAAGCUGGAUUCGGCGGGGAAGAAUUUCUCUAAGUGCCGCACUUUCUUCCGCAUCGUUCUUAGCCAAUACCGCGUCGAGGAUCACGUCGAUCGCCCCCCACCUGCUAAUGCCGAUGCCCCUUGGCUCGCCAUCGACCACCGCAUGGCACUCUGGAUCCUCUUCACCCUCGCCGAUCCUCUCCUCGAGCUCAUCACUGAUGGCGCUGUCACCGCCUACAUGGCGUGGCACCGCAUCUCCGACUACUUUCUCGCCAACCAUGGGGCCCAGAUCCGCCAUCUCACUCGUCGGUAUAGGAAUCUACAGCAGGGCGAUCAUCCAAUCGUCGAGUACGCCUGCCGCCUUAAGUCUCUGGCGGACAACUUGGCGGAUGUUGGCGCCGCCGUCACUGACUACGACCUCACCAUGCAGCUACUCCACGGUCUCGCGCCUCGCUUCGAGACGAUCCACAUCAUGCUGGGGAGCACGAACCGGCUCCCUCCCUUCGGCGUGGUGCGCUCGCGUCUCGAGCUCGCCGACUACAACCUCUUCCUCCAUGCUGCCACCGAGGGCGCCUCCACCCUCUCCAUCACCAACAGUGGCUUCAGCGGCUCAGGUGGCUCUGGUGGCUCCGGUGAUCGCGGCGACCGCGCCCCUCCUGGCGCCCCUACCGGGCGCGGCACCAGUGGCGCCCGUGGCAACGACUCUGAUCGUGGCCGUGGCCGUGGCCGCGGUGGCUCUGGCCGAGGCCGGGGGCGUCCUGACUCCGGCGGCCGUGACUCCCAAUAGGCGCUGGCGACUCCGUGGACGGGCUAUUUCGCGCCCUACGGCAUGGCUCUGCCUCCUCCCUGCCCUGGCUGGGCACAUCCCAACGUUGCGGGGGUCCUUGGCCCUCCACCGGCGUGCACUUUCAGGUCUACCCUGUGAUGUUCUAUGGACCGACGCCUCACGUGCCUCACGCCACACCCGUGCCGUACAUACCGGGCCCUUCUUCAUGGGAUCACACCGCCCUCUUCAACACCGCCUCUAGCCAGCACGGCCUCCCCAACACUUGUGCAGAAUGGCUCCUCGACUCCGGCGCCUCCACCCAUGUCACCGGCAACUCUGGACUUUCCCACCAGGAGACUCAUCAUGACGUCUAGUAGUCCCGAUCCACUUUACCCGUUUCAUGGCAACCCCACCACCAGCGGCACUGCUUUCCAUACUACGAGUGGUGAUCUAUGGCACAGGCAGCUUGGCCAUCCUGGCAAGGCCUCGUUAGUUUCCCUUUCCAUGACUUUACUUCCCGAUUGUAAUAAUGCUCGUAGCUCCUCUUGUACUGCCAGUCAACUUGGGAGACAGCAAGGUUUAUCUUUUCCUUCCUCAAAUAAUGUUACUUCCGCUUAUUCAUUGUGAUCUUUGGACGUCUCCUAUUACAAGUUUUUCUGGUUAUGCGUAUUACCUUAUUAUUCUCGAUGACUAUACUC